GACGCGCUUGCCUUGCCUCUACCCACUGCUGCAAAGCAAGGACGACGUAACCACUACCGUUACCGCGGGCCUUCUUGAGCGGCUCCAAGGGAUCCAAGUAGCAUUAUCGCCAAUCAGUAAGUAGGCUCCAAGAGCACCGUCCGUCACCACACAACAAAGUUAGCAAGUAGCAGUGACCACCUGAUCCAAAAGCAACAAGUAGGAUCAUGGACGUGGGGAGGCGCCUUUCGCUGGCCCGCGUGCCAGCAGUGGCCGCGCUGAUGGUUAUGCUGUCGCUGAGUUCGUCCUUCUGCGUGUCGUCGUCGGCGGCGAGGGCGGUCGCCAGGCCUGGCGCCGCGGAGCAGCUGCAGCGGCACCCCGUGGUGCUGAUCCCGGGAGCGGGCGGCAACCAGCUGGAGGCGCGGCUGACGGAGGGCUACGAGCCGUCCAGCCUGGUGUGCCGGGUGUGGCCACUCGUGCGCGGCCGCGGUGGCUGGUUCCGCCUCUGGUUCGACCCCUCCGUGCUUGUCGCGCCGCUCACCAGGUGCUUCGCCGAGCGGAUGACGCUCUCCUAUGACGCCGACGCCGACGACUACCGCAACGCGCCCGGCGUCGAGACCAGGGUCUCCGACUUCGGCUCCACCUCCACCCUCCGCGGAGACCUCGACCCCAAUCUCAAGCUCCUCACGGGGUACAUGAACACUCUGGCGAGCACGCUGGAGGAGGCCGGCUACGAGGAAGGCCGCGACCUGUUCGGCGCGCCGUACGACUUCCGGUACGGGCUGGCCGGGCCGGGGCACCCGUCGCAGGUGGGCAGCGCGUACCUGCAGCGCCUCAGGCUGCUGGUGGAGUCGGCGUGCGCGGCCAGCGGCGGGAGGCCCGCGAUCCUGGUGGCGCACAGCCUGGGCGGCCUCUUCGCGCUGCAGCUGCUGGCGCGCAGCCCGCCGCAGUGGCGCGCGGCGCACGUGCGGCGCCUCGUCACGCUCUCCACGCCGUGGGGCGGCUCCGUGCAGGAGAUGCUCACCUUCGCCUCCGGCAACACGCUCGGGGUGCCCUUCGUCGACCCGUCCCUCAUCCGCGACGAGCAGCGGACCGCCGAGAGCAACCUCUGGCUGCUGCCGACGCCCAGCGUGUUCGGCAACACCACGCUGGUGCUGUCGCGGGCCCACAACCGCUCCUACUCCGCCAAGAACAUGACGCAGUUCCUCCGGGACAUCGGCUUCGAGGAAGGCGUGGAGCCGUACCGCGCGCGGAUACGGCCGCUCGUCGAGGCCCUGCCGGAGCCCGGCGUGCCCCUGACGUGCCUCGUGGGCACCGGCGUCGACACGGUGGAGAGCCUCGUGUACGGCGACCGCGGCUUCGACGAGGCCCCCGAGAAGGUGGUCUAUGGCGACGGCGACGGGACGGUGAACCUGGCCAGCCUCAUAGGCCCGAUCAAGGCGUGGUCGGACUCGCCGGCGCAGGUCGUCGAGGUGGUGGAGCUGCCCAAGGUGUCGCAUUCCGGCAUGCUCAGCGACAAGAGCGCGCUGGAGCAGAUCAUAAGGAUCAUCGAUUCUAUCAACCUGAACGCCACGAGCUAUCAUCAUUCCUCUUAGAAUGUUUUGCUUUAGUAGACAACUAACGAUGAUUUCUUUUCACUUAAAUCGGCGACAGCAGCUAGUUUUUUUUAUUUGGAAAAAAGUUUAUUGUUUUUUCUGUAAGGAUUAUCGGGAUUUGCUUUAGCUGGUGCCUAUUAGAGUUCUCUAUGUAUUUCUUAAUCGUUAUGAAUAAAUUUUUUUGGGAAAAAGUACAUUUAA